AUGGCUCUCGUACAGAUUUUCCUAGUUCUCGUGGUUUUGUCUUCUGAAGUUGGUGCUUUGUCGUGGAGUAACUGCGGUGAGCUGAGAGAAAUUCAGUAUUGAUUUGAAACUCAGUUUAAUUUAAAGGGAGACCCACAACUUUUAAUACAAGCUUUGACGAACAACAAAUAUCAAUAAUCGAACCAAAAUUAAUGGCCUCAGUCAAAACUAUCCUUAUCUAGCCAAACGUAGUUUAUACCUUAACUUAUUCUCGAAAAUCGUAUACUUUUAAUGUUGCUGAUUAUCGUCGUACACUUCUUGUCCUAAAGAGUGCUCUGAUAUUUGAUAAUUAUGGUUAGUACUGAUUCGCCACCAUAAAGAGUUCUUCAGAUGACAGUUUUCGGGCGCGUGUUCCCCUUCGUCAGAGCAAACAACUAAACAGAAUUCUUGAUGUUACCGUGAUUUCGUAAUGUAUCAACGACGGCAAUGGUGCAUCUUUUUUAAUAAACAGCUAAUCGAUUAAGAUUUCAGUCUCGACUUGUAAUCAGUUAGCUUGAAAAGCUUAUCAAAACUCACUAUAAUCUUUGCCCUUUAGCUGUGUCCGAUCGAGCAGUUGCGCUGUACAGAGACCAUAAAAACUUUUAACCCGCCAGUGUUAUCCUCUCGGAAAUUAACGAUCGCUUUUCGUGUAAUGCGAAAAGUUCAUAAGGGAAGCUCAACCACACGGGGCGACAGGCUUCGAAAAGUAUGGGAUUAAAGGGAGGCAAAAGGGGCCUUCCACAUUCCCUCUAGAUUCCCUUUAUCGGUUUGCUGUCGCUUGCCAACCGCGUAAACACUCCAACAAAACUGGCUGGUCUGCAAUCAGCUUUCACAACUAAAAAGUUGAACAUAAUCCAUUUCUUCUCUGUGUUUUCUUUAACUGUUAACAGAUGGAAGUACGCCCAUAAACGUCAAAGAGAUAAGUCUCAGUCCACAACCAAUCCCUCUUGCGGAAGGUGCUAACAUUAAAUUCAGUGGAAAGUUUAAAUUAGAUGGUACGACUGGGACACAGUAUAAACUGCGCCUUUCACUGUGGAAGAAAGCAUGGUUUACGUGGUUUCCUAUUCCAUGUCCAAAGUGGUAAGGAAGAUCCAUACACUCGUUUUUCUAUAUAUAAGAACGUCCAUUUUUCGUGUUGAGUCUGAAAAAUAAAUUGUUCUUCUCUGAACCUCGGGUAUCAGUUCUUAGUAUGUUCUUAAUAUUUUGGCAAAUUUCAGGCUGAACAUUGUUGUAAAACAGGUUCUUAAAAAAAGAGAGUAAUACAAUUACCAUGCAAUGCAAAUCUCCGGAACAAAAAGCUAUGAGGAACCGAAAUAGUUCAAGUUACUAAGAGACGAUAUAUUACUAACAUCACUGUCUCGACGAAAUUAACCUGGACACAGGCAUUAUUGACAGAUUUGAAAAAAAAGUCGUAAUCGACCAAUUGAAAAUGCUUCUUAGAAUCGAAUAGGAUAUCACCAAAAGAGAACUCUAAUAUAAAAAAAUACUAAAAACAAUAUUAAAGAAUCUAGAAAUGGAAGCUUUUUUCGAUGCAAACUUCAAAACUUGAGAAACAUACCGUUUAAAAAGAUAUAAACUAACACAACGUUUUCAGUUCAGUACUAUAAAAUCUCGGCUCGCUGCAACAAUAAUUUAAUGGUCCGCAUUUAAACUGGGAUGCUCUUUUUGUUAAGUGCAAAAUCGUACUUUGUUUCUCUUCGAAUAAUGAAAUAUUGCUCUAUCAAGUUGUAAAUUGUUCUUGCAAGACCUGUCCCACUUAUCGUUUCUCAUUUAGACAUAGAUUAUGAUGACAUAUGGGUACUGCUCAAACCAAGGAUAUAAAAAUAAAGUUUUUUUUACUACUUGUAUAUAUUCCUGGCAACGCUUUCAUACUCUUUUCUCCCAUUAAGCGCUAACGAAAUUGGUUGUUUUAUUUAAAGUCAACAGGACGUGAAAUGCAGUGAGAUAGCUGUCUUCUUAAGAGGAGCAACAUGUCCUCUGCCAUCGAAGGAGUACGUCGUUGAAGAACAGUCUUUCCAUUUGAGUAAUUUGCCAGGCUUUAUUACUGCCUUAGUCCCCGAGGUUAGUAAUAAUGACUCUCUGAAAGCGAAAUAAGGACCAGUUCAAAGGAAUGUGGAAGAUGUUAACUGUGGUGUUGUUUAUUAUCUUGCACUCAUAAAUGAAACAAAGUCGAGGCUUGGUUGAACAAGUUGAUACAGAACACCGUGCAGAGUAAGAAAAUCACCGAGGAAUACCUAAUAUAUAUUAAGCUUACUUGAAGUCCCCCAGACUGUCUUCAGUUUCUCUGUUAUGGCCGUGCAUACAUGCAUGUAGAUAACUCGAACAUGAGGUUCAUAGGCUCUCAAAGACCGUUUCACUCGACGCACGUCAACCGGAAGUGGACUUUUCGCAAUCUUGGGUUUGUGGUUAUGCCCAAAUUUGAGGGCAGUUUGUCUCUAUAAGCGUAAAGACACUUAGCAAUACAAAUUUGGUAUCGUCCAGGGGUACUGAAAGGGGACGCCUCACUUCCGGUUGGUCUGCGUCGCUCAUAAACAUCUUUGCUUAAGCUCCUAUUGUAGUAAAUAGCAUGCUUAGGCAUUAGAACAUCUUUCAUCAAUUCAAAAAGCGACUUUAAAGAUAUGGAUCUUUUGAAACAACCGUCGAAAGCAAGCUCAUUGUACCGGAACGUAGAGCUUAGCUCUUGCUAAUGUUUUAUGGAAAGCUCCACUUUGCUAAUUAUGGCCUUAAAUUUAAACGGCCAAUCUACUUCCUGUUAUGAAAAGGUCCACUCACUGGUGGUUAUUUAUUUUUCAGGGAGAUUACUGCGUUAAGGCGGAGCUGCUCGACAGUGGCAGUAAUAAACCUGUUGCCUGUGUCGAAGCAUAUCCUCAGAUCACAAAAACCAAGCCAAGUGGGGAAUUAUAA